AUGGCUGAGGAACAGGAAUGGCACGAAGCAAGCAAUCACGUCCUCUGCGCGAAUAACUGCGGCUUUUUUGGUAGCCCUACGACGCUCAACCUCUGUUCUAAGUGCUACAAAGAUCAUCGCCUGAAAGAACAACAUAUGUCGAAUGCCAAACUCGCCGUCGAAAAAAGCCUCACCCCGCCGCAAGUCCCACAACAACCUCCACCACCACCGGAAACAUCUUCCUCCGGCACAACAGUAUCUCUGUCCGUCGCUACAGAUCUAGAAUCCGGUGCUGUGCCUCCGUCUCCGGUGGCGGUUGAGGAGGUUUCGAUUCCGAAACCGCAGCAGCGGAACCGGUGCGGGUCAUGCAACCGGCGCGUGGGGCUAACGGGGUUCAUGUGCAAGUGUGGGACUACUUUCUGCGGGACCCACCGAUAUCCGGAGCUCCACGCCUGCAGUUUUGAUUUCAAGACAAUUGGGAAAGAAGCCAUCUCAAAGGCGAAUCCAGUGAUCAAAGCUGCAAAACUCAACAAGAUUUGA